AUGGACAUUGUGGGGGAGGAGAGAACAGUUCCAGUUCCAGAGGUGCGCCACUCGCUUGGGGAAAGAAUGAAUAUGGUACGGGUACCCGAAGCCCCUUGGGCCGGCCUGUUUGACCCCCUUCGCCUCGCCCGCGCUCCCCCAAAAAACAGAGGCGAGGCGCGCGGGAAGAGACGGGCAGCGGCGGCGGGAAGCAGGCCUCGACGGCGGCGCAGGGUUGAGAACAAGCAACAGCGAUCUGUCCCGCUUGGUGAAAUGCCUUGUUACUACGACGUCAAUGACAUCCUCAUGGAGGAGGAGCUUAUUUCGGUUGUUUUCCAAGUAACUGCAAAUGGUGUUGGAAUGCUAGAUCCUGGCGCUGAGAGAAACACUGUUGAAAAGGGUGCUAAGGUAGACCUUCCAUUUUGGCUUGCACAUGGGAUGCUGUCUCUGGAGCAAGCGGUGUCAAUAAAUGUACCUCCUUGCUUCACUCAGAAAACUCGGAAGGAGAUCCAAGCUGAUGCAGCCUGUGUUGAUUUGAGGGUUCGGUGCCCUUACUUUUAUGAGCUAGGAUGCAAGAUUGUUCCUCUGGUGGGUGACAAGAGCAUUGGCCAGUUCUUGCGCUACGCGUUCACCAGCAGGUACAAGGAGAUACUAAGCAAGGCACACAGCUCUUCGACGAUGACAGUGCCCAAGUUCGCAACACGCCUUACAAAAGAAGAGGCUCAAGUGUUCGAAUCUGCCAGGGAAUCGAUGUCCUCCUUCAGGAAGUGGCGCGUCGGGGGCGCGAGGCUGCAGAAGGCGUCCAUCCUUGGAAGGAAGAGGAAGACAAAACUGCCUGACGGGCCUUCGACGAGCUGAACUGUCUCUACUGUGUAGUGGAGUCGGAGUGUGCCUGGGCAGGAGAGGGCCGAUGUAUGCGCACUGAUCGAUCUGGUACUGUAACUGCAAACAAGGAAUUCAGUCAUCAUGUAUUUCAGUCUUGUGCACCUGAUGUGUCUGUCGUUUGGCACUUGGACGUCAACUCUUGUGUUUAGAUGCUUGUAUUGAGUGCGAGUCUUGAGGAGGCUUUCCUUUCUACUAGUAGCAAUGCAAAAUAUGCGCUCAUGUUUCUGUUGA